UACGUCUUCAAGACAUAAAACCUGGAGAAACGCCUUUAGAAUGGAAGAACAGAAUUUGGAAUAAUUUAAUGGAAUUUAGAAAAGAAGAUGUUCUACCUCUUAGUACAAAAAAAUACCUUCUUGCUAGGAAAGUUGUAAAUUGGGAAAAUCGUUCGGAAAAUGAUCAUAGUAUCUGCGAGCCUAUCGGCUAUGCUAUCUGCUAUAAAUGUAAUAACCUUAUAUAUAAUGGAGAACAUGAAGACCCUUCUUAUCUUGGUAUGGAGAUUUAUCACAAAUUAAUGGUACAGCAUCAGCAAAAAUGUAUAGGCAAAACAGUUAAUGAAAAAUAUAUAGUUUCAACCAUUAAUUUGGUCAAACCAUGA